ACUUCCUAUCGAGCACGCGAACGUGUUUGACAACUGGACGCAAGGUUAUAUAAAACUUUAAUUCUAGGGAAACAAACAAUAUGUCGAAUUUUAAAGUGACUUUACACAGGAUUUUAAAUAGUUCGUCUCAGCGGUCGAGGCAGCAGCUUUUUGAAAAAUUGAAAAGCGCUGCAACGGGUGGGGUAUGGACGAAAUCGUGUGUCCGAUUUUUCAAUGACAAACUUACUUGCGUAAGGAGCAUUGGCCUACAGUGCAACGUGAUAGCAGCUCACAGAGUCCGGCGGUCGGGUCAGAUUUUGAAACUUUAUCAUAGUUUAUAUGGAAGAUCUUCACCAGUGCAAUUUUUCAAGAAACUGGGAGACCUGAUCAGAAACAAUCCAAAGGGGAAAAUGUUUUUCCUUUUGGGGGCAGCUUUCUUUGACUGGAAAGAGAACAGAGUAUCAGACCCUGAUCUUAAUAGAGUUGCUGAUGAACUGAAAGUAUUCUUUGACCUAAAAACCACAGACUACCAUGAUAAACAAGGAGAGACCUGGGAGAAAAUCCUGGAUGAAGAUCACUUCAAACUGUGGAGGUGCCCUGUACAAGGAAGCUCAUUAUAUAAAUAUAAAGUAUUUGGAAGUUACAAGGACAUUCCUGCUAGAGCAUUUUUCAAUAUACAGAUGGACUUAGAAUACAGGAAGACAUGGGACAGUCAUGUGAUGAGGCUAGAAAAGGUGGAACAAGAUGAACAAACGGGGUCAGAGGUCAUAUACUGGGCGACGCAAUUUCCACUUGGUUUUCUGUACAACAGAGACUAUGUGUAUGUUAGACGUUCAAAGAUUGAUUUGAAGAACAACUUUAUGAUGUUAACUGCUAAAUCGGUGGAUCAUCCAUCAUUCCCGGUGACGAAGGACUUUAUACGAGUUGGAGAUUACAUGUCUAACAUGAUGAUUCGUCCACAUACGUCAUUCGAUGACAAAGGCUUCGAUUAUGUUUUGUCUUAUUAUGAUGACCCACAUCUAUCUGUACCAACCUGGGCUGUGAACAGAAUGACCAUGUCAAGUUUACCAGCAUUUUUAGAAACGUUACAUGUUGCUGCCAAGAAUUUAUGCGAGUCAAAAGGUUAUAUAUCGAGGUUUAAACUUGACGAUACCUCUGACAAAGUUUAA